GCCUUUGGAAUUCACCAUAAACCCUAGUCUCUCUCUCUCUCUCUCUCUCUCUCUCUCUCUCGUACUCAUCGCCGUUCGAGACUCCCUUACACAAUCCAGGUAUCCCUCAGAUUCUGGUAAUCCGGUUCUCUGGCCGAUUCCGUGUCGUAUACAUUACACACGUACAUAUACACGCACUUUGAGCUGGUUUUUGUUAUAGCAGGGAUCAUUUUGAUGGCUACUGGAUCCGAUGCGGCCGUAUCCUCCUUAUCGUGCGUUCAAUGCGGCAAACCUGCACAUCUUCAGUGCCCCAAGUGUGUGGAAUUGAAGCUUCCUCGGGAAGGAGCUGCUUUCUGCACCCAGGACUGUUUCAAGUCAUCUUGGAGCACUCAUAAGUCAGUUCAUUUGAAGGAAAAGUUAUCCGCACUUGGGCUUGGUGCUCCUGGUGAACAAAAUUCAGCCUCACCAAAUGAUGGCUGGUUAUAUUGCUUAAAGAAAGGACAGGCUCAAACACCUAAACUUCCCCAUUUUGACUGGACAGGGUCACUGAGGCCAUAUCCUAUAUCAAGAAGGCGUGCUGUACCUGCUGACAUCGAUCCACCUGACUGGGCAAUUGGUGGAAUCCCUAUAAUUGAGCCCAAUAGUGAUCUUCAACAUGUCGUUGAGAUCAAGACUCCUGAGCUAAUUGAUAGAAUGAGAGAAGCUUGCCGGAUCGCAAGGGAGGUUCUGGAUGCUGCUGCUCGUGUUGUUCAGCCGGGUGUGACUACUGAUGAAAUUGAUGACGUGGUUCAUGAAGCAACAAUUGCUGCUGGAGGAUAUCCGUCUCCACUAAAUUAUCAUUUUUUCCCGAAAUCCUGCUGCACGUCAAUUAAUGAAGUAAUCUGCCAUGGGAUUCCAGAUGCAAGGAAAUUAGAGGAUGGCGAUAUUGUAAACGUUGAUGUGACUGUGUAUUAUAAAGGUGUCCAUGGUGACCUCAAUGAAACGUUCUUUGUGGGGAAUGUUGACGAAGCAUCUCGACAGUUGGUCCAAUGUACUUAUGAGUGCUUAGAGAAGGCAAUUGCAAUCGUGAAACCAGGGGUAAGAUUCAGGGAAAUUGGGGAAGUGAUUAAUCGACAUGCUUCUAUGGCAGGAUUCUCUGUGGUGAAAUCAUACUGUGGUCACGGAAUUGGAGAGCUCUUCCACUGUGCACCAAAUAUACCCCAUUAUCCAAGAAAUAAAGCAGUUGGUGUUAUGAAGGCUGGGCAAACCUAUACGAUAGAACCUAUGAUUAAUGCAGGUGUUUGGCGUGAUCGGAUGUGGCCUGAUGGAUGGACUGCUGUUACUGCAGAUGGCAAGCGCAGUGCUCAGUUUGAGCACACACUUUUGGUGACGGAAACGGGUGUAGAAGUUCUCACAGCGCGCUUGCCUUCAUCCCCCAAUGUGUUUCCCUGGCUAAGUUCAUAACUAGUGGCAGUAAAUUUUGGUGGGAGUUGAAGACUGGACCCGAUUCGGCUAGUAACUUUUAUACCAUCAGUGACAUAGCAAAGCGAUAUGCUUCUGUUCCCUUUCUGCAUUGUUGUAUUUGUAAUCUCUUGAUUUUGGAAAUUUUGGUUUCACAUUUCAUUUGUGACAAGGUUCUGAAUUAAGUCAUUUCCAACUGAGUGCUUGCAUUUUGGGACUCAGACUUGUUGCUAUAAACGAGAUAACCAAGGGUUUUUAUAGUCUAGUGAAGACCAUGAAAUGUUUUCCAAUAGUUCCA